AUGGCUCCCUCGGCCAUUCCAUCGACUCCACGGAUUUUGGAUGUCCAUGGCCCUUCAACAGCUUCCCCCGGAAAAUGGCGCCAUCCACACCUGAAGGAGAUCAUCCGUCGACAGAAUGCUUCCAGUAUCAAUGAGAAGACCAUUCGACGAGUAUUAUGGAACGCAGGAACUUUGAUUUUUACGGGGUUUAUCGGAAAUACCUACAAACAAUAUUCCAAUGCCAUAGGAUCGUUUUUGCAGAUUUCCACCUACCCUGAUAUGGUGCUACUUGUCAUCCGCCUUGUCCUCUUCAUCAACAUCGCCAUGACGCUGUACCCUAUCUACCGCGCACCAGACCAGGUUUCCGACAUCCCAUUGACUCCAUCGCAAAGAGCACUGCUGGGACUCAACCCUAACGGCACCCCUCCCCCGACGCCGGGAACAGAAUACAUCACGCCUCCUAGAUACCGUGUGUCGUCUGGCUCACGCAGAAGAAGCUCGGGAUCGUACAGUGGCUCGCCCCGAUCGGCAGCUGAAGACUCGCCAAGCAGACACCAUCCAGACAGCCCUCCGUUCUCACCAUCAGGCAGCCCUCUGUUUCAAAAGGCUCUUCGAACUGGCAGUCGGGACAGCGGCCGCAGACACAGCUUCGGCUCGCCUUCACCGCUUGGACGCACUAGCAUUGGCGCACGAGAUGGAAGCUCUCUGCGCGCGCCUUCAUCGCCAACUCACUUUGGGAAGAUGGCGUCACCCGUCUUGACGAAUAAAUGGCUGUUUGAGAAAAGCCGGAUGUCUUCUCCUAGCGGCAGCGUGUUCGGCUAA